ACAGAGAGAACGAAAUCUAAUUGAGAGCCAAAAAGAGAGUAAACAAGAGAUUAGAUAUUGUAUCUAAUACAAUUAGCUCCACAUUGAUAGGAAAAGUAUCGAGUAAAUAAAAACAGUUUGAAUUGGAACUCAAAAUAGGCGUAUGGGGGAUGUUAAAAUACGCAUCACGUACAAGUUGGGGAAAACAAAAUAAUAACAACAACAAUAACGAAAACAAAAUUAAUAAUAAACAACAACGGUAAAACGAUGACAAGUAUGUAACGGUGAUGGCGGUGUUGGCACUCUAACACGGUGGUUUGCUUUAAAACUCUUUGCAAAUAAAUCCACAGAAGCAGAAGAUACAUUUUCUCUGCUGACUGUUAAUAUUUUUGCUUUUUUUGGGGGGAAACAACGGGCAUAGAGAGACCAACUUGGGUUGUUUGCCAGGGUGGAGACGAAAAGAUAAUUUAACUGUGUUUUUUUAUUUUACGAACAAACAAACCAACAAAAAAUAUAUAAAGAAGAGUAGAAAAUAAAAAUCGAAAAUAUGCUGCAAGUAACAAUUAUUAUCAACUGAAUGAAGAAAAACGAAUUUUUCCACAUUCAUACAGAGCAGUAGAGAAAAUAUAACGCGUGAACGUAACGUGCAGGUAACGGAAGAAAAUUUUUAUUUUCAUUGAGUGAAAAAUUACAAAUUUUAUAUAAAAAAAAGAAAGAAAAAAAAAAGUGUUAUGAAAUUUUUAUAGAAAAAGAAAAUAAAUAAAUAUUGCAAAAAAAAAGCAAGUGAAUAAAAGAAAAUUUUGUCUCAAAAGGUGUGUUUAAAAUUUGUUAAACAAAAUAAUGGUUUAUUAAAAAUAAAAUAAGAAUUUCUAACUCAAUUUCCUUUAAGGCAAUAAUUAUGUGUAUUGCUAAGUGAUAUUUUUUGCAUAAAAAAAAAACAAAUUUAAUUUUUAAAAUAUUAAUAUACCUACAUACAUAAAAAUACAUAAAUACAUAUUGAUCAAUAUGUCAACUGAAAGCAAUAAUACUCCAGUGGAUCCCAGAGUUCAGGUUGAACUAGAGAAACUAAACACGGCAACGGACAAUAUUAACAAAUAUGAAGUAGAACUUGAUGAAGCGAAAUGUGAAUUCAAACGUAUUUUAGCUGAAAGCGUCGUUAGGAUAAAGCAGUCUGCACACAAAUUAGGAAAUUCUAUCGAGGCAGCAAAACCAUAUUAUGAAUCGCGUAUAUAUGCGGCUCAGCUUGCCAAAGAGACCCAACAGGCAGCAUCUAAUUAUGAGAAGGCAAAAUCCAUACACGCAGCUGCCAAAGAAAUGGUUUAUCUGGCCGAGCAGGGUUUGGGUGAAAAAUCUACCUUGGAUACAGCAUGUCAGGAGAUGUUAAGUCAUGCAGCCAGCAAAGUAAAUCAAUCACAAUUAGAGGUUACUGAUGCUCGUAAUUCUUUGAAAAUGUGUCAAUUGAAGCUAGAAGUAGCUAAUAAUCGUGUGGGUAAAUUACAGGGACAAUUGCGACAAGCCAUUAAAGCAUCUAGUUUUAAUAUUAGACGAAAUUUACUUUUAAUUAAUUUAUUGGCUUAUCAACAUGAUUUAAAUAAUUUACCUUAUUACGAGACCCGUGCCAAUUAUAAUGGUAUAUUGAAGGCACAAAAGGAAAAAAUCAAUAGUCUAGAGAAUAGAGUAGCUGAUGCCAAAAUGACUUACAAUGAAGCUUUAAAAAAUCUAGAACAAAUUUCAGAAGAAAUUCACCGCCAGCGCCAGCAAAAGCAAAAAAAUCUAAUGAAUUAUGAGACAAUGUUGAAACAGACGGAGGUCGAUAAUGCCUCCUCGAACUAUUCCUCGCCAAUGGGAAGUGGUAGUCAUACGCAAUUUCCGUGUGACAUAGAUACAACUGAUGAGUACCUUGAGAUGCCCGAUAAAUUAACCACCAAUUCGAGCCCCGUACGGCAAAGACAUCCAGAUGAACAUGAGUGUCCACAUUUGCUGCAUGAUUUCGAUACGGUCUUAACUUUUCCACAGAAAAUCGCCAGCGGUAUGCAUAAAUCGGCAAGUACUAGUAAUACAAGUGAUAAUCUCUUUGCCCAGGCCCAUGCUCAUGGGCCAUAUGAGAUUAAAUCGUCUAUGGGUAGUGGACAAAACCUAACAAACGAUAAUAGUUCGAGUACGGGUAAAGGUGGUGGUAGUGGAAGUGGUGGUGGCGGCGGUGGUAGAAGUGGUAUCGGUGAAAGUGAUGAUAAUGAUAUAGAACAGUGGACCGAAAUACGUUUGUCGCAUUCUGAGAGCACCAGCUCUAGUUACUCAAACCAAAGUUUGCUGCACGAUCAUGCAGAUGGUCAAGCCGAAGAUGCUCAAUCCCACCACUCAUCAUCGUCUUCGUCGGACGAGCCCAAGCGUAAAGUUACCUGUACUACGAUAUUCCAAGAGGAACAGCUGGGUAAAAAACAAUCGUUGGCUCAAUGGCUUUCACGCUCCAACAGCCUGAAAGUCAGUGGUCGUCGCCAGUCUCUCGAUCUCCUAAUCGAUGCCAGUGAUAAGGUUAAAGACGUUUUUUCGUUUGGCUUUCAAAAAGUCGGUCGCACCUUAGAGCGUCGCAACAGUGAGUCGGAAAUGAAUAGUGAAAGUAGUAAUGGCUCCACGAAUGUGGCCAUUGGUGGUAGUGUAUUGGGUAGUAGUAGUGGCGCUGGUGGUGGGGGCAAUACGUCCACAUCUUCAACAUCAUCGGCUAGUGAUUUCCUAUUUUUCUCAAGAUCUGAACCAAAAGAAUUAUUAUCGGAUGAACAGGUGGAAAAUCUAUUACUUAAUCAUACAGUGGAUGAAAAUGGCACAAUUAUAGUGGAAGAGCUUAAAUCACCUCUACAACAGCCAAUUAGUAAUAAGUUUGGUUUGCCAACGCUUUUAGUUUAAAUUCAUGUUUUUUUUAAAAAAAAGCUUAGUAAAAUGUUAUGUUUAAAUUGCAUAUUUAUUCUUAAAUUAAAUUUUUAUUUUUAAAUUAAAUUUUAAGAACACAUAUCAGCAUACUGAUAAACUAUGUAGCAAUAGAAUAUCAGUAAUAAUUUUAAACCAACUUCUACUAAAUGCUAUACAAUUUUAAAAUUUUCUUGCAGAGA